AUGGAGAUGGAGCACCGCCUGAACAGAGGCGCCUCUCCCUGCGACAUCGAUUACCAAUCAACUCCCAAUAUGAUGGAAGUCAUUCCAAACUGGGACUGCAAGGGGACCGAUGAGUUCUGCAGCCGGCUUGGUCCGUUCGUGUCCAGCAGCCGCCCUGCUACUGCCACGGAGGACAUGGCGUUCACUCGUUCUGCAAUCGCGGUGAGCGGCCUCCAGUGCAAGUCCAUGGGCGGCAGCAUCGACGGCACGGCGGCCGUGAGGGUGGCAGCCGUGUUCUGCUACGUGCCCCCGUGGGAGCAUCAGUCCAUGGCGGUGAAGCGGACGGGUCUGAGCAGCAUGACCCUGUCCGCCGAGGGCGUGUGGAUCCCGUCCACGGGGCGGACACACAUGGUGGCCUGCCUCAGCGUUGACGAUGGUGUCGAUGACUCAUGA